AUGGCUGGCUUGCUUUCGUGGCAGUCUGUGAGCAGUUGGAGUCGAACACUCGGCUCCGACUGCAUUUCGCACUUGACAGUUGCGGCCCCAGUCUGGCUACUGGGUGCCAUUGCCAUGGCUGGCAUUAUCGGUGUAGAGGCAUGUAAAGGCACGCAGUCUUACGGACACUCGCACUCACAAACCACGGGUGCUGAUGCUGACGCCGGUGCUGAUGCUGAUGCGAAGUGGAGUAUAGCAUCGCGAUAG